AUGAUCCACUACCUCUGGGAAAUCCUUGGCUACAAAGAUACAGGAAACGACACACAGCCAAACACUACAUCGCACAGCCUACCCUCAUCAUGGUACAGAUCUGAAGCCAUAUAUCAACUCGAGAGACGGGCUAUUUACUCUAAGAGAUGGAUUUUGGUUACUCAUAAGCACAGGGUCACCACUACUGGAGACUUUGUUCAAUUUGAAGAAGCAGGCUUCCGGUUCUUUCUGUGCCGGGAUCGAGAUGGUAACAUCAAUGGAUUCCAUAAUGUUUGCCGGCAUCGAGCCUUCCCUAUUGUGACGGAAACUCAGGGACGAGCGAGGAUUUUGUCGUGCAAGUAUCAUGGAUGGUCCUACGGACUGAGAGGUAAUCUAGCAAAGGCGCCUGGGUAUGAAGAAAUGCAAGGCUUCGACAAGACACAGAACGGACUUUGGCGAAUUAAUGUUCAUGUCGAUCGCAAGGGCUUUGUGUGGGUGAACAUGGACGUUGCAAGUGAAUUGGCAUGGGAAGACGACUUUGAGGGGGUGGACGCACAACCCCGCAUGGAUGUGUUUAACUUUGAGGAUUACCGAUUCGAUCAUACGUGGAGUAUGGGCGGCGAUUUCAACUGGAAGGCAUUGGCAGAUAACUACAAUGAAUGCUACCAUUGUCCGACAGCUCACCCGGACGUAGCUGGCAUUACAGACCUGAAGCUCUAUGCGGUUGACACACGAGGUGGACACAUUCAGCAUUUUACUAAUGCAGAGCACAUUGCUAUGGAUGAGGGACAGAGGGUUCGUAGCACGUAUUAUUUCCCAAAUGCUUGCAUGACUGUCACGCCUUUCUUCUUUUACAUGAUGAGGUGUGUGCCCACAUCACCCAAUCAUUGCUCGUUGGAGUACGAAGUUUAUCGGCAUAGAGACGCCUCUGAUGCGGAGUUUGAAGCUAUUGACUCUAUGUACAAACGAGUGUUGAACGAAGACAAGUGGCUAUGCCUCAACACACAAAAGAAUCAUGAUGCCGGAGUGUAUGUUAGUGGAGAGAUGCACACAAGAAUGGAGAAAGGCCCGCUUUUCGUUCAACAGACUGUUCGUAGCCUUAUCCGGCAGCACCAUGAACAGGAAAGGAAACUGGGGCGCGAGAUCUGGCCCGCUCGACAGGUCUUACCAGACUCAGCGGUUGGAGUUCACGAAGAUGAGCUCUUUCUGUGUAAAUUAACACAUCAGUCUAACAAACUCGAUUGGUAG